AUGGACAUGCAAAACAGAGCAGGUUCAAAGCCUGGAGCAGGUGGUAUGGCUUCUCAGAGUGAAUAAAAUCUUUAGCAUAAGGAACGACUCAAGAGAUUGCAUAUUGAAACAGCUGACGUGUCGAAUGAUCCUUAUAUCAUGAGAAAUCACUUAGGUUCAUUUGAAUGCAGGUUAUGCUUGACACUUCAUACUAAUGAGGCAUCUUAUCUAGCUCAUACAACUGGUAAAAAGCACUAAACUAAUCUUCAUAGAAGAUAAUUGAGAGAAAAUAAGGACAACUCAAAUUUGCCACAACCUAAGAUAAAGCACUAAAAGAAAAAUGCAAUUAAAAUUGGAAGGCCCGGAUACAGAGUGAUUAAGCAGAAAGAUCCAGAGAAUGGUUAAAAGUCACUUCUAUUUGAAAUUGAAUACCCUGAGAUCGAGCCUAAACUUUAGCCAAGAUAUAGAAUUAUGAGUGCAUACGAGCAAAAGGUUGAGACUCCUGACGAUAAAUAUCAAUAUUUACUGUUUGCUGCCGAGCCAUAUGAGACUGUUGCAUUCAAAAUACCUAAUAUGGAAAUAGACUAUUCAGAAGGCAAGUAUUUUGAUGCUUGGGAUAAAGAUCAAAGAAAAUAUACUCUACAGAUAUUCUUUAAGGAUAAGAAACUCUAUGUAACUAAAGUUGUUGCUACAAAGAAUUGA